CACCUAUCCGCCUAACGCACUCUCUCCCUCCCUCUUCCGUUGCUGUACGUUUCCGCUGGGAGUGCCGCUGACCAGGGACGCCGAUCGCAGACGCUGACCGGAGACGCCGAGCAGAGCCGCCGCUAGGUUUCCGCCGACGUCCUCCUCUCGUUUUGUCGUCGCGCUCUAUCCAUCCGUCGAGCCAGGGAGUGCAGCGGGAGUUCUUCUUCCUCGAUUAAGAUUCGAAUUCGUCAAAUUUCGAGAAAUUGGGGGUUGAACACCGCUGGAUUCUGGUGAGACGCCGGCGGUGAACGUUGGCAGUCCAGUCAGGGCUCCGACAGAGGUUUGGGUUGGAUAUGUGGGAUCCAAUUGGGUCCAAUUAGUUCCCAUUGGAUUCAAUUUGGGUCUAAUUGGCUUCAAUUGGGUCCGUUUGGCUACAAUUGGGUGUAAUCGGGUUCGUCUGGACUCAAAUUGAUGUAAUUGGGCAUGUUUGGGGCUGUUUGCGUGGCCAAGGAAUACCAAACGGGGGCUGUUUGGUCUGGCUUUGGGUUCGGCAGCCGGGGCGGCUACCGGCGGGGGUGCCGGGGUUGCUCCAGCAACGAUGGGGACUGCUCCGGUGGGGGCAGCGGGCUGAGGAUCGAUUCCUUGGGCUCGAUUCCGCGCAGGUAUAUUUUCACUCAGCGUUUCGCUGAGCGUGUAGUCGUUGUUGUUUGACUGCACGCAGGUAGGAACACAGAAUUUGAUGGGCAACCCGAAGGGCGGUGAAGUGUGGUGGCGUGGAUGGCUCUUGUUUACUUUAGUAAUUAAACUACAUUAUUUUAGUUGAUUAUAUGGAUUGUUGGACGUUACUUUGGUUUUAUUAUGCUUCCGCGACUUUUGGACUUGUUUUAUUACUUCGAUAAAUUUUGGUUUAGUUU